AUGGCGUGUGCUGCAUGCUGCGUUUGGGCGGGAUCCCAGAACGAGACGGUGAUUGAUGGUUCGAUGGUCAAGGAAGGCCUUGCGCCCGCCCAGCCGGUGCUGCCGGAGAACGCCUUCGUGGUGCAGCUGCAUAAAGGCAUGAUCAAGGGAGGCAUCGUGCAGCCCGGCAUGGUCCUGGAUUUGGCGGACGAGGACAUCUGCAUCGUGAAGGAGGUUGACGGAGGGUUGGCCGGAGCUUGGAACUCCUCCUGCGAUGCGUCCCUCCAGAUCAGGCCCUUCGACCGUAUUAUCCGCGUCAAUGGCAUCUCGGGGGCAAGCCGCGAGUUGGCGCAGAUCCUGCUGGAAAAGCAUGAUCAGUUCUCGAUUGCUUUCAUGCGGCCGGAAGAGCGCAUGGUUGACCUGGCCAAAAGCACUGACCUCGGCAUCCUCGUCAAGUACAAGCGUGGAAGCCUCGGCUUUUGGAUCGACAACAUCACCGAUGGUGAAGUUCACAAGUGGAACACGGAGAAUCCGGACGCGGCCGUGGCACCACACGACCGCGUGGUUGCUGUGAAUGGCGACGGCGGCAGCGGUGCGGAGCUGCUGUCGAACAUGCGCAACAAGGAAAUCCUGCAGUUCAAGGUUAUGCACUACCCAGCCGCGUGA